ACCGUGCCAAUGGCAUAUUCCGUAAUUAAAUUAAAAAUCCCAUCAAAAGCACAUUGACCACCGCAGCAGCAGGAAGAGCUUAGAGAAUGAAAGAAGACAUGGAGAAGAUGGUGGCGGUAGGGCUCGUAUGGGGAGCCACCAAUGCUCUGAUCCGCCGCGCCGCUCUCGCCUGGGAUAAUAGAAAGUCUUCGACAAGACAGUCUUCUCCUCCUCCUCCUCCUCUUCAGAUCCGCCGCAAAAUCGUGAUGGCUAUCCGUGACUGGAUCAAUCUCCUCCUCUUCUGGCAAUACUCUGUUCCUUUCCUUAUAAAUCUCUCGGCAUCCGCAACGUUCUUCGCUCUCCUCAGCCACGCUCCGAUCUCUAUAGCUGUUCCGGUCACCAACGCCACAACAUUUGCCGCAACCGCCGCUUUUGGGAUCCUUUUAGGGGAAGAAACUCAAAUCGUACCUGCUUUGUUAGGUACGAGCUUCAUUGUUUUCGGAAUCUGGCUAUGUGUUGUGUGAAUUUUGGGAUUUUUUUGUAUGACUCUGUUUCCGCGAGAUAUAAAUCCUUCAAACUUGUUACUAGUUGUGAGAUUGAAGAUGAACUCAGACGUUUGUUGCAGAUAUACUAGUUUUUUUUUUGUUGUCUUAA